AGUCAGACCUGGAAGGCCUUGAUGAUCUAGGUACUGUUUAUGGCAACAUCCACCAGCAACUGAAUGAAACAAUGAGACGCCGUAGACACGCGGGAGAAAACGAUUACAACAUCGAGGUACUGCUGGGAGUGGAUGACUCUGUGGUCCGUUUCCAUGGCAAAGAGCAUGUCCAAAACUACCUCCUGACCCUGAUGAACAUUGUGAAUGAAAUUUACCAUGAUGAGUCCCUCGGAGUGCAUAUAAAUGUGGUCCUGGUGCGCAUGAUAAUGCUGGGAUAUGCAAAGUCCAUCAGCCUCAUAGAAAGGGGAAACCCAUCCAGAAGCUUGGAGAAUGUGUGUCGCUGGGCAUCCCAGCAACAAAGAUCUGAUCUCAACCACUCUGAACACCAUGACCAUGCAAUUUUUUUAACCAGGCAAGACUUUGGACCUGCUGGAAUGCAAGGAUAUGCUCCAGUCACCGGCAUGUGUCAUCCAGUGAGAAGUUGUACCCUGAAUCAUGAGGAUGGUUUUUCAUCUGCUUUUGUAGUAGCCCAUGAAACAGGCCAUGUGUUGGGAAUGGAGCAUGAUGGACAAGGCAACAGGUGUGGUGAUGAGACUGCUAUGGGAAGUGUCAUGGCUCCCUUGGUACAAGCCGCAUUCCAUCGUUACCACUGGUCCCGAUGCAGUGGUCAAGAAUUGAAAAGAUAUAUCCAUUCCUAUGACUGUCUCCUUGAUGACCCUUUUGAUCAUGAUUGGCCUAAACUCCCAGAACUUCCUGGAAUCAAUUACUCUAUGGAUGAGCAAUGUCGUUUUGACUUUGGUGUUGGCUAUAAAAUGUGCACUGCGUUCCGAACCUUUGACCCAUGCAAACAGCUGUGGUGUAGCCAUCCUGAUAAUCCCUACUUUUGUAAGACUAAAAAGGGACCUCCACUUGAUGGGACUGAAUGUGCUGCUGGAAAAUGGUGCUAUAAGGGUCAUUGCAUGUGGAAGAAUGCUAAUCAGCAAAAACAAGAUGGCAAUUGGGGGUCAUGGACUAAAUUCGGCUCCUGUUCUCGGACAUGUGGAACUGGUGUUCGUUUCAGAACACGCCAGUGCAAUAAUCCCAUGCCCAUCAAUGGUGGUCAGGAUUGUCCUGGUGUUAAUUUUGAGUACCAGCUUUGUAACACAGAAGAAUGCCAAAAACACUUUGAGGACUUCAGAGCACAGCAGUGUCAGCAGCGAAACUCCCACUUUGAAUACCAGAAUACCAAACACCACUGGUUGCCAUAUGAACAUCCUGAGCCCAAGAAAAGAUGCCAUCUUUACUGUCAGUCCAAGGAGACUGGAGAUGUUGCUUACAUGAAACAACUGGUGCAUGAUGGAACGCGCUGUUCUUACAAAGAUCCAUAUAGCAUAUGUGUGCGAGGAGAGUGUGUGAAAGUGGGCUGUGAUAAAGAAAUUGGUUCUAAUAAGGUUGAGGAUAAGUGUGGUGUCUGUGGAGGAGAUAAUUCCCACUGUCGAACCGUGAAGGGGACAUUUACCAGAACUCCCAGGAAGCUUGGGUACCUUAAGAUGUUUGAUAUACCCCCUGGGGCUAGACAUGUGUUAAUCCAAGAAGACGAGGCUUCUCCUCAUAUUCUUGCUAUUAAGAACCAGGCUACAGGACAUUAUAUUUUAAAUGGCAAAGGGGAGGAAGCCAAGUCGCGGACCUUCAUAGAUCUUGGUGUGGAGUGGGAUUAUAACAUUGAAGAUGACGUUGAAAGUCUUCACACCGAUGGACCUUUACAUGAUCCUGUUAUUGUUUUGAUUAUACCUCAAGAAAACGAUACCCGCUCUAGCCUGACAUAUAAGUACAUCAUCCAUGAAGACUCAGUACCUAUGAUCAACAGCAACAAUGUCAUCCAGGAAGAAUUCGAUACUUUUGAGUGGGCUUUGAAGAGCUGGUCUCAGUGUUCCAAACCCUGUGGUGGAGGUUUCCAGUACACUAAAUAUGGAUGCCGUAGGAAAAGUGAUAAUAAAAUGGUCCAUCGCAGCUUCUGUGAGGCCAACAAAAAGCCGAAACCUAUUAGACGAAUGUGCAAUAUUCAAGAGUGUACACAUCCGCUCUGGGUAGCAGAAGAAUGGGAACACUGCACCAAAACCUGUGGAAGUUCUGGCUAUCAACUUCGUACUGUACGCUGCCUUCAGCCACUCCAUGAUGGCACCAACCGCUCUGUGCACAGCAAGUACUGCAUGGGUGACCGUCCCGAGAGCCGCCGGCCCUGUAACAGAGUGCCCUGCCCAGCGCAGUGGAAAACAGGACCCUGGAGUGAGUGUUCAGUGACCUGCGGUGAAGGAACGGAGGUGAGGCAGGUCCUCUGCAGGGCUGGGGACCACUGUGAUGGUGAAAAGCCUGAGUCAGUCAGAGCCUGUCAACUGCCUCCUUGUAAUGAUGAGCCAUGUCUGGGAGACAAGUCCAUAUUCUGUCAAAUGGAAGUGUUGGCACGAUACUGCUCCAUACCAGGUUAUAACAAGUUAUGUUGUGAGUCCUGCAGCAAGCGCAGUAGCACCCUGCCACCACCAUACCUUCUAGAAGCUGCUGAAACUCAUGAUGAUGUCAUCUCUAACCCUAGUGACCUCCCUAGAUCUCCAGUGAUGCCUACAUCUUUGGUUCCUUAUCAUUCAGAGACCCCUGCAAAGAAGACAUCUUUGAGUAGCAUCUCUUCGGUGGGAGGUCCAAAUGCAUAUGCUGCUUUCAGGUCAAACAGUAAACCUGAUGGUGCUAAUUUACCCCAGAGGAGUGCUCAGCAAGCAGGAAGUAAGACUGUGAGACUGGUAGCCACACCAUCCUCCCCACCCACCAAGAGGGGCCACCUCAGUUCAGCUUCACAAAUGGCUGCUGCUUCCUUCUUUGCAGCCAGUGAUUCAAUAGGUGCUUCUUCUCAGGCAAGAACCUCACAGAAAGAUGGAAAGAUUAUUGACAACAGACGUCCGACAAGAUCAUCCACCUUAGAAAGAUGAGAAAGUGAACCAAAAAGGCUAGAAACUAGAGGAAAACCUGGACAACCUCUCCUCCCCAUGGUGCAUAUGCUUGUUUAAAGUGGAAAUCUCUAUAGAUCGUCAGCUCAUUUUAUCUGUAAUUGGAAGAACAGAAAGUGCUGGCUCACUUUCUAGUUGCUUUCAUCCUCUUUUGUUCUGCAUUGACUCAUUUACCAGAAAUCAUUGGAAGAAAGCACCAAAGAUUAUUAAAGAAAAAAAAUAUGUUGCUAAGUUUGUGUUGGUCGCUCUCUGAAGCAGAAAAGGGACUGGAACCAAUUGUGCGUAUCAGCUGAUUUUUUUGUUUGUUUUAGAAAAGUUAAAGUAAAAAUAAAAAAGAGAUACCAAUGGUUUACACUUUAACAAGAAAUUUUGGAUAUGGAACAAAGAAUUCUUAGACUUGUAUUCCUAUUUAUCUAUAUUAGAAAUAUUGUAUGAGCAAAUUUGCAGCUGUUGUGUAAAUACUGUAUAUUGCAAAAAUCAGUAUUAUUUUAAGAGAUGUGUUCUCAAAUGAUUGUUUACUAUAUUACAUUUCUGGAUGUUCUAGGUGCCUGUCAUUGAAUAUUGCCUUGUUUGACAUUCUAUAGGUUAAUUUUCAAAGCAGAGUAUUACAAAAGAAAGUUAGAAUUACAGCUACUGACAAUAUAAAGGGUUUUGUUGAAUCAACAAUGUGAUACGUAAAUUAUAGAAAAAGAAAAAAGUCACAAAAGCUAUAGAUAUACAGAUAUCAGGUUACCUAUUGCCUUCUAUACUUAUAAUUUAAAGGAUUGGUGUCUUAAUGCACUUACGGUCACAGGGAUCAAUGAAUAGUAAAUGAACUCGUGCAAGAUAAAAUUGAAACCCUCUUUCCGGGACCUCAGUAGGCACCGUUGAGGUGUCUUUUGUUUUUGUGUGUGUGUGUUUCUUUUUUAAUUUUCGCAUUGUUGACAGAUACAAACAGUUAUACUCAAGGUACUGUAAUAAUCGCAAAGGAAAAAGUUUUGGGAUAACUUAUUUGCAUGUUGGUAGCUGAGAAAAGUAUCAUCAGUCUAGAAUUGAUAUUUGAGUAUAGUAGAGCUUUGGGGCUUUGAAGGCAGGUUCAAGAAAGCAUAUGUCAAUGGUUGAGAUAUUUAUUUUCCAUGUGGUUCCUGUUCAAAUGUUCACAACCACAAUGCAUCUGACUGCAAUAAUGUGCUAAUAAUUUAUGUCAGUGGUCACCUUGCUCACAGUAAAGCCAGAAAUGCUCUCUCCAGGGAGUAGAUGUAAAGUACUUGUACAUAGAAUUCAGAACCGAAGAUAUUUAUUAAAAGUUGAUUUUUUUUCUUGAUAGUAUUUUUAUGUACUAAAUAUUUACACUAAUAUCAAUUACAUGUUUUGGUAAACUAGAGAGAUAUGAUUAGAGGUGCAUGCUUUGUUCUGUGCGUAGAGGAGACAUUUAAGCAAACUACUAUAGCCAACUCAAACGCUAAAACUGAACUAAUUUGAUGUUAUGCAAGCAUCUUGCAUUUUUAGUAGUUGAUAUUAAGUUGAUGACUUGUUUCCCUUCAAGGAAACAUUAAAUUGUAUGGACUCAGCUAGCUGUUCAAUGAAAUUGUGAAUUAGAAACAUUUUUUAAAGUUUUUGAAAGAGGUAAAUGUGUCAUGAAUUACAUGUAAAUGAGAGGAGAUAGUGUUAUCAGCAUAAUGAUUUUGAGUUCAGUACCUGAACUGUGUAAAAAUAUAUUAUGCAAACUAAAAUGUAGAUAAAUUAAACUCUCAAAGCACAGAAUGUGUAAGAACUUUUGCAUUUUAAUCAUUGUAAACUAACACCUUAAACUAUUGACUCUAUACCUCUAAAGAAUUGCUGCUACUUUGUGCAAGAAUUUUGAAGGUCAAAUUAGGCAAAUUUCAGAUAGUAAAACAAUCCCUGAGCCUUAAGUCUUUUUUUAUUUUUCCUAAAAAUUCCCAUAGAAUAAAAUUCUCUCUAGUUUACUUGCGUGUGCAUACAUCUCAUCCACGGGGGAAGAUAAGGAUGGUCACACAAACAGUUUCCAUAAAGAUGUACAUAUUCAUUAUUAUAAUUCUGACCUUUGGGCUUUCUUUUCUACCAAGCUAAAAAUUCCCUUUUAUCAAAGUGUACACUACUGAUGCUGUUUGUUGUAUUGAGAGCACGUAGCAAUAAAAAUGUUAACAAAAUAUA